AAUGAGUGGUUAAGCAUGUGAUCCUGAUAAAGGAUGUUGGCUUUUGAGUGAUUGUGAAUGGAAUGAAGUCAGCUUUACAUGUGUCCAUGAUCCUAUUUUGGAAUUAACUCCAUAUACAGGGUUUGUAUUUUCUUUGAUACCAAUAUUUCUUGGAAUCGGAAUAUUAGGAGGGUUAGGUAGUGGAAUGAUCAAAAGGCCUAUUUUAAAUCUCUUAUUAAACUAUCCAGCUAAUAUUGCUACUCAAGUUGGAGAUAGCUUUCUAUUCACAACUACAGCGUUGAAUUUAUUGUUUUUGUUUUUUGAAAAGUAUCUUUAUAUUUCAUUAGAAAGACAUCCAGAUAUCCCAGAAUUACCCCUUGUUAACUUUGACAUCAACGUAAUAUUCAAUUAGGCUAUACCUAUAGCUUGGAGUUUAGGAGCCCUCCUUUAAUAACUUUUACCUUAAUUUGCUAUAUAUCUCAUUUAAUUAUGCUUUUUGAUAGGAGCAAUUCCAUUCCUGUGGAAAUUCAGUAAUAAAUGACAUUUAUUAAAGCGUUUACCUAAAGACAAUUAGAACAAGAUAAGAGAAAUAGCAAAGUGUUUGUAUCAGAGAAAAUCAAGACAAGAGAAGAAAUGGCAAAAGAAACAAAUUUAGAUGAAAAGUUACUAAAUAAAUAUGAGCAAUUUUAUGUGAAUGACCAUAAUAAAAUUUAAAUUAAGAAUAUUUGCUUUGUUAUUGGAUCCUUCAUAAUUAAUUAAGCCAUAAUCCUGAUGAGAUCAAAUAAAUAUAAUAAUUCAAUAAUAGGACUAGAUCCAUGUUCAGUGGAAAAUAAUUUGAUAAUAUUGGUCUUACUUGGAGCUAAUUUUAUUUACACAUCCUUAGUAUAUUGGAAUAAAAGAAAUGAAGAAUUUUAUAAAGACUUAGUAUAAUAUAGGCCAAACUAUAGAUUCUUUACACCUAGAAAAAUAUUUUGGUAAUAUUACUUUGCAGGUUGGUUGGCUGGUUUUAGUACAGGGAUAAUUGGAAUGGGAGGGGGAAUUAUUAUGGUAUCCUUUUUAUUGCAUAACAAAAUAAUUGCAAGAGAAGCAGCUGGGACUGCUGCUUUUGGAUCAUUUAUGAUCUCACUUAACAGUAUAUUAUAAUUAUUUUUGUAAAAAACAAUAACAACUGGAUAAUUAUUCACUUAUAUUGGUUUAGCGGUAAAAAAAUUCAUAUAAUUUAAGAUACUAGGGUUGCUAAUAUUCACUAAACCGGCUUAUAUGUUAAUGAAUAAAUACAAAGUAGGAUUUGUAGUGUUAAUUGUUGAUAUAAUUCAAGUUGCAAACAAUAUCAUUUCAAUUGUGGCUUUAAUUAUUAUCAACUCUAUACUUUUUGGAUUUGAUAAAUUAUUAGUCUAUCAUUCCCGCUGUUGA